AUGCGCAAGGCUGCCACGGUCGCCGAGCAGCCCACACCACACCAGCGUAUCCCUGCGGCGAGGCCCGGUCGAAGUUCGGCUCUCGACCAAGGCUUCGACCGUACCGUUUCUAGCCCAAGCUUGAAACUCGCUCCCUCUGUUCCGGCUCCGCGACGAUCAGCAGAUAUGCGCCGUCCGCAGUUACCUGUCGAAGCUCAGGUGAACGGCCACUCACGCCAUGAUGAGGAAGAGGCUCAGCCAAGCGAGGCAGAAGCUGGUCAUCCUGGCGCCUCCGACUUUCCCGACUCGUCCGAAUCGAACCGCAGAGCGCCACGGUACAAGCAACGACCCUGGCAGAUACCCACAGAAUACGAUACCAGACUUUGCGCUGUGUGUGGCGACUUUGUAGUUACCAGCGGAUACAUCACUAAGGCAUGGAGCUUGCGGACUGGCGAGCAACUGCUCAACAUGGUGCAUCACGAGAACGUCAAGGUCACCGCUAUGGCGUUCAAACCUGCAGUCCAUCUGGACGACGAAGGCAAGCGCGUCUGGCUCGGCACUAAUAUUGGCGAGAUCUACGAAGUCGACAUACCCAGCCAGAGCCUGGUGAGAACGAAAGUCGGUGCGCAUACAAGACGGGAGAUCACACGUAUCUUUCGGUAUGCGUCACAGAUGUGGACGCUGGACGACGGCGGCGAUUUCAAUGUCUGGCACAGUGAUCAAAAAGGCUUGCCCAGCCUCGAUACGCAGCCAACCAGUUUCCGCGUGCCACGAGGUCACUCCUUUGCAAUGGCUGUCGGCAGUCACUUGUGGCUAGCAAACGGCAAAGACAUUAGGGUGUUCAAGCCCGGCGCAACGUCGGAAGCAGACUUUCAUGUUCUGCGGAACGCACUGUCACAGCCCGGCACUGGCGAUGUGACAUCCGGCACAAUGCUGAGCAGCAAAUCUGAUUCAGUCUACCUGGGUCAUGCGGAUGGCAAGGUCAGCGUGUACAACCAAAAGGACUACUCCUGUCUAGGUGUAGUAAGCGUCAGCCUCUACAAGAUCAGCUCGCUCGCUGGUGUCGGUGAGUAUCUGUGGGCUGGCUACAACACCGGCAUGGUGUAUGUCUAUGACACCUCAAGCACUCCUUGGCGAACAAGGAAAGACUGGCAAGCGCACGAGAAGGCAGUCUGCAGCAUUAACGCGGAUGCGACCGCUUUGUGGAAGUCGGACCGCUUGCAAGUCAUUACGCUAGGCACGGACAAUCUGAUUAGGCUCUGGGAUGGCUUGCUUGAGGAGGAUUGGCUCGUAAGCCGCAUGCAGUCAUGCGAUGCGCAAUAUUGCUCCUUCCGUGAGCUUACGGCAGCAGUGAUGACCUGGAACGCUGGCGCUUCGAAGCCGAACUACCUCCAGCAUAACGAGCAGGACAACAUCUUCCUGAAGGACUUCAUGACUUCACGUUCGUCACCCGAUGUCUUUGUCUUCAGCUUCCAGGAGCUGGUUGAUCUGGAUGAUAAGAAGCUUACCGCCAAAGCUUUUUUCAAAGGUAAGAAGAAGGACGUAAAUGAACAGGAGCACAUGAGCCAUCAGUACCGGGCGUGGCGAGACCACCUCACGAGGUGCAUCGAAGACUUCAUGCCGACUGAUCAACCCUAUACCUUGCUGCAUACCGCUACCCUGGUCGGCCUCUUCACUUGCGUCUUCGUCAAAACCUCGGAGCGCAGCCGCAUCAGACAUGUGCAUACCGCCGAGGUCAAACGUGGCCUGGGAGGCUUGCACGGCAACAAAGGUGCAAUCGUCGUGCGCAUGGUACUCGACGACAGCAGCAUCUGCCUGAUCAACUGUCAUCUGGCGGCGGGUCAAACGCAGACGAUCAACCGCAACAACGACAUAGCCGCUAUCCUUGAGGCCACCGUUCUGCCUUCGUAUCCGCUCAGCGAGGCGAAGGGAGCGCAGCAUAACGAUGUCUUUGCCUCUGGCGGUGACGGGAGCAUGAUCCUCGAUCACGAAAUCUGCAUCCUCAAUGGAGAUCUGAACUACCGCAUCGAUACCAUGGGGCGUGAUACCGUCAUCAAGCACAUCCAAAGCAACAACCUGCCGAAACUCCUGGAAAGGGAUCAACUCCUGCUAUCCCGCAAGAAGAAUCCUGGCUUCCGUCUGCGAGCGUUUCAAGAAAGCCCCAUCACGUUUGCGCCUACGUACAAGUACAACCUGCAUUCCGACGACUACGACACGUCCGAGAAACGACGUGCGCCAGCUUGGUGCGACCGGAUACUGUAUCGCGGCCUUGGCAAGGUAAAGAUGGAAGAGUACAGGAGGUGGGAUGUCAAGAUAAGCGAUCACCGGCCUGUCAGCGGGAGACUUCGACUGAGGGUGAAAACGGUGGACGAUGGAAGACGGGAUGAGGUGGCGGAGGCCGUUCGAAAAGAGUUCGAGCAGGUGCGACGGAGGGUGAGCAAAGCUGUGCAGACGGAGUACUUUGUCAAUGUGCUUGGUAUGAGCCUGCAGGAGGCGAAGAGCAUGAUGAGAUAG